CGCUGCGGCGCUGCCGCGGCUCGUAGAUCGUGAAUUCAUCCGCAUUGAUGUAUUUUGGUAGACCGCGAGCAAGGAUGGUGCACUUUGCUACCGAACCUAAGGCUUGGGCAGCCUAAUCAUCCUAGCCAGGCAGUGCUACAGAUGAGGACACUCCUCCUCCUCGUCACGCACGCGCUGGCAACGACCCGCGUCGUCGUCGACGACGUCACCACCACAACGCUGCGCGUCGACGCGCGCUACGUGAGCAGCGUCCUCGACCCGUCGAGCCUCGACUGCGGCGCGAGCCGCAAUCAGUUCUCGGAUCCAAGGGGAGCGGGCCUGGCGAACCUCACGCAUACGAAGCUGCGAACAUUUGUGAGGAGCCUCGCGCCGACGCUCGUCGUCAUAACGGGCGGCCGGUCGAACUGCCUCGACGCCACGACUCGAAAAGCGUGGCGCUCGCCCUACUGCCAGGCACGCGGCUACGGCGGCGUGUGUGAUCAUGUGCUAAACGAGCUCGACGCGUUUAGUACGGCGACGGGCGCGGACGUCGCCUGGCACGUCAACCCGGCCUUCCGCGACGCUAGCGGGAACUUCGACGUCGACGCAGCGCCGGCGCCGUCUUCCGCAUCUACGUUAUUGCUCUACGAGGAGCUGCACGAAAAGCCGCCGCGGCCGUCGAAGCAAAAGUUGCCCGUGCAGGCAUCUGCUGCCAGUGUCGCUAUUGACUUUGCUUCCCUCAGAAAACGCUACAAUCAUCAUACGAUCAUCGGCCUCCUCAACCAGGACACGGACCAGGCCCCGACCUGGACCGAUGCUGUUUAUAGGGCCUCAAAAAACUCCAUCGACGUCGUGGCCUUCAGCUACUACGCGUCGACCGUGGCCCUCGGCCGCGCGAAAAAGAAGUACGGCUGCGGCGCCUACGCCGACGCGGCGGCUGGGAUCGUGGACCCGAGCCACCGACCCCCGUUCGACCGCACGCUCGCGCGCUACGUGGACCUAGCAAGGAGCCUCGGCAAAUUCGUUUGGGUCGUCGCGGCGGCGCCGUGCACGCACGCCCCCGAGGGCUCGGGCUGGGGCGCGGUCGACGCCGUCGCGGGCGGGCUGUGGUACGCGGAUUUGUUGGGCCGGGCGGCGACUCGUCGGCGUCCACACGGGCGCCUUCAAUAUCUGUCGUCCACGCUUGGUCGAUGGCGUGGGGGUGACACGUCGCCCUACAACGCAGGCGGCGGGCGGCGCGCGGCUCGUCGCGCGGCAGACGUUGGUGGGCGGCGUCUACGGCCUCCUAGAUUCGCGGACCUACGCCGAGACGCCGUCGGCGGUCGUGGCGCGGGCCUUCGCCGAGCAUUUCGGAAGCGAGGUGUUGCAGGUAAACGCGGCGACGCCGCCCCACCUCUCAAUCUUCGCGCACUGCGGCCGCGGCGCCGCCACCGUCGCGUUUUUGGUCGUCAACGUCGGGAAUCGCACGGAGUCGCUGAUGCUGCCUCGCCACGGCGCGGGGCCCGUCGUCCUCUCCUAUGUGGAAAUCAACCAAUGACGCGGCCGUGCUGGCUCCGUCGAGCGGCGAGGAAUCGGCAUCGCCACGCCAUCGAGCAGGCGUCGCGUCGAUGGCGUGGAGGACGACGCGAUGAUUCAGCACGAACUCGCCGUAAAAUUUUGAUUUCCACACAGGUCCUGUCGCUCGCCGGCGCCGCCCUCGCGGCGCCGGACUUCGCGCCGUCGCGGCUCGAGGCGCGCGACUCGAACGCGCCCCUCCACAUCAAGCCGUUCUCGGCGACGGUCGCCGUCGUCGGCCGCCUCGCGGCGCCGCCGGCGACGUGUAGUCGCCCGACGCCGCAGCCCGAGCAUCUUCCUCAUCGGUCCAAGAAAAAGAAGAAGCACGGGUGGUUCUCCCAUUAAAUGUGUGUGCUACAUGUACACAGUCA